GCGGUGGUCGCGAGCGAGGGCCAGUGUCUCCAAAGCCUGGCUGUCCGUGCACCCCGGCGCUGGCAUCUGAUCUGGGGCAUGGGGGGUGGCAGGAGCUCGUCGGGCUCGGCCUUCGACCGCAACGUUGAGACGGAGAUCUCUGCGGCGCUCGCUGAGUGCGCGCUCACGGUGCUCAUGGGCGCCUGGAAGUUCUUCGAGGCGAUCGUCCCCGCGGCGCUGCUGGUGGAGGCGCGGGAGCUGGGCAUGCCGCUGCGCCCCGUCUGGAUGCUGCUGGAGCUCUAUCGGCAGCCGAGGAGGCUAUGUGCGUUCGGGUCGAUCUCGUACGAUGUGGUCGCUUGGCAUGGGGUGCUGGCGGGCUGCGCGCACGCCUGUGCGAUGGUCUCGCUCCUGCUCCACAGGCUGCUUCGAAGCAUUCGUGGCCUCGGUGUGGUGCCCGGAGCGCUGAUGGGCGAUGUUGCCCUGCGCGUGGCCGACUUCCGGGUGCCCGCACUCGACAGGUUGUGGGCUGCGGUCACCAGGUUCCGCGAGGGCGCCCGUGAGCUCGGCAUCAUCAUCCAGAGGGGACUCAAGGGCAGGUGCUGGGUCUGGAAGCUGGGCCAUGACCUUUGCGGCCGUCGCAAGGUGCGGCGCCAGGCCGCCGAGCGGUCGAAGGCGCUGGCUGCGCGCGGGGGCGGGCUCUUGCUCUUCGAGAAGUUCAGGGGCAAAGCGGGCUUGCUGGUCGGGGCCAGGCAGGGGCCCUCGAGCGUCACGGUCGUUCUGGCGACGCAGCGAGCCAAGGAGUUCGACCCCGUCUACGCGGCGACCUGUGACCUGAUCUGCCGCUGCGCCAGCUGGGCUCGCGGGCCCGUCGCGUCCGCGAUCCUCACGCUGCGGCGCGUUGGCUGGUUCGUGCACUCGUCCACGGUGCGGGUCCCGGACGACGAGAACCAUGUCAAUCUCUUGGCGGAGUCGCCCAAAGACGCCAGGAUGCACCUGGCCAUGGGCAUCGAGCGGGCUGCGGUCGCCGAAGGCCCGGGGGCCAUGUGCCUGCGCGUCCAUUGGGCCGGGGUGCCUUGGACCAGGCAGGCGCAGCUAGAUGCGAAACUGGCCACCUGGGCGGGGUCGGACACCCCUGGGCACCGCUUCUUCGGCUGCGAGACGCUCCUGGAGCCAGCGUUCCUGGGCGAGGAGAAGGGUGGUGUGCUCCCCGAGAGGCGCGACGUGGCUUGGUUCUUCGUGCGCGACCAGAGCCUCAAUAUGGGCGGUGGGCCGCAGGCUUGGGGCGAGUUUGCGCUGUCGGCCUGCCUCCCAUGCAUGCCGCCGAGCGUGCCGCCUGCGAAGCGCACCGUCAGGGUGCGCUACUGGGGCGACUGGGGCGACGACCCUGGCGCGACCGUGGGCAACGUCGUCUUCGCAGACGGCGCGGGCCCGGCCUCGUCGAUGCCCGAGCUGCGGCGAUGCGGCUGGGCAGCGGUGCAGGCGGCGGGGCGAGCUGAGCGGCGCGCCCUGCUGCAGGCGCUGCUGGUCCUCUCGUCGCGGCGCGGCAGGCCCGCCGUCGACGUCGUCUUCGCGGACCUGUUGGGGCUCGUCGAGGAGGCGACUUCCUGGGGCGCGGAGCUCGAGCGGGCUGGCGCGACGCAUGCCACGGUCAGGCGGCGCCUGCGCGCGCAGCCUGCGCGCCCUGCGGCGUGCUGGAUUCCCGCGCACACUCAGCUCAAGCAGUUCCAGGAGGGGGCCAGGGCCCGCGCGGUCUUGAAGGGCUACGCCGACUUCUGCGGGGUCGAGAUCGAGUGCCACAAGCAGGUCGCGGCCUACAUCGCGUGGGCAAUGCGGCGCAUGCUGAAGAUCCCGAGCUGGCAGGCGACGGACUCGGCAGUGCGGCCCUGCAAGGGGCUGCCGAGCGCGCCGCCCGUGGCGGUGGUGCGGCGCCAGCUGGUCAUCCUGCGCGGCGGCAGGAUCGUGCUGUGUCGGCGGUGCUGCAGAUCCACUGCGGCCAGCAGUGGUCCGCCGCGGGCGCAACACCUGCGCUCUCCAUGCUGCGCGAGCGAGGUGGCGAAGCUCAGGGCGGAAUCCAUCGUCGAGCACGUGGGGGCGACGUGGGUCCAGGCGUCCGCAGAGGGCUCGUUCGCCAUGGUUGCGCUGUGCGCUUCCCAGGGGCCGCUGGGCCCAGGCGACCUGGGCGAGGCCCCGUCCACGCUCUGGGCCCUGGGCGACACGGCGGUGGACGUGCAGGGCCAUCGCUUGCACAGGGCGGGCCCCGCCAUUUUCUGCCAGGUGUGCGUGGCCUGGUCGGGCAGCGGCGCGUCGCGUGCGCUGCUGGAGCCGUGCCGCGGCUUGCCCACUGGAGAGGGGCGCGACGCGCGGACCUACCUGUCCAACCUGAG